AUGCUGCCAGACGCCUUGAUUAGUACUUAUUGCGAGUACAAAAAGGACACUGAUUCCAUCGCAACAUGGCUUGCUUCAACGGCCAAAUUGGCUGGCUUUCCCGACCAUCUUCUUUCCUCGACGUGCAAGACUGCGGGCAACGCGAAUGGGAACGGCGGUCGGCUCAAAGGCAAAGCUCGCGCCGAGGCCAAGAAGAAAGCCAAAGCACAAUCAACAAAUACCCCGCAGAAGCAGUCGCCAGCCUUCACAUCCGGUCCAAAAUAUAUUAUCGCCAUUAAAGACUUUAUUAUUCUGGCAGAGUUCCUGCUUGAGCACUCAGUUCCUAUCCCGCACUCCUUCAGCGUGAUACUUGACCGAGUUAUUGCCUCACGCGAGGGCUUUGGUUCUAAAAUCGAAGCACAGGGCGAGAAUUUGGAUCAAGAUUCGGUUGCCAAGCAUGGCUACUUUGUUCAGAGUUCGCCGCAUUUUACCGCUCUUAUGCCGAAUACCGACGACGCGCCCGUUACCCCAUCCAUCGACAAUCUGAGUAACAAGUUCCACGGUCUUGCAGUCUACGAACCAUCUGAGGAGUUCUUAAACGCACCAGAUAUCGAGCGACCAACCAGAGCCAAAGAUGAUCCGAAUACGUACGAAGCUGAGGCCCCAUCAUCUUUGGAGGAUGCCUUCUUCGCCCCUGUAGCUAUACUAAACGACAUGGAUCGGAUGAGAUCUCGCGUGGAAUGGAUCUGGUCUAAUUACCGAGCUGGUCUUUUUGACGUAACCUCGGCCGCCAUUGCAACGAAUACGGCAAUUGGGCUUGUCCGCGACAUGAUGGAUGAUGUUUUACCUAUUUUCGAUGCUCACGGCGGAUACCACCGCAUGCUGCAAAAGUUUUAUGUCGUUCAAUGCUUGAAUAAGGGAUUUGCAAUCGAGGACCUUUUCAUGGAGAACAAGGACAACUUCAACUAUGACACAUAUGACGUUGCCGAACGUGUCUACCUGAUGGCAUAUCGGUACUUGGAAGGUUUCGCCGCUGUUCUCGAGCCAAAUCAAGUUCCAAUCUACAAGGAUGGAAUAUUUGGAACUUACGAUCCGUCCAGCAACCGCUCUACAAAGACGGGCCUCGCGAAAUUUGAAGAUGACCGAGCAUUGGUCAUGCCUUAUUUCUCCGAGCUUAUAACCAUUGUUAUGGGUCUGCCUAACUGGCCGAUUGAGGAUGAAUUCUUUCGUGGCAUGGCGCAAAUCCACAAAACCAAGCAAAUUCCAUUCUAUUCCGUCUUUGCCACCCAGGUAUUUCUGGACAUCUCGUAUACUCUAAAGGAACAUGUCGACAGCGGCUACCACACCAUGGUUACGCACAUGAAUUUUAUUUCCAACGAUAUCAAGGAGCACUUUUCCUUCCAUAGAGACCUCAAGAUUGUCAACUGGCCAGAGUCGAAUGACAGAGUCUUGCGAAAGGUCCAAACUAGCAUUGAAUGGCUGGCCAAGGACCCGUCAUUGCAGGUUCAGAACAAACUCUGUCAGCGUAUGGGCCGGGGUCCUCGCGUGGGUGCUGGCCAUCUCCUGUUUCGCAUGUCCCCUGUAAUGAGCGGUCUCACGCUGUAUUUCUUCCGUAGCCAGUAUCACGAGAUUGGCUUGUCGUUGGCGGAUGCAUGGGGAUCUUUGCAGUAUUGCGAGCAUUUAUACAACGCCACGCGGCAACAUGACCCCUUGUUGAAGCGCUGGACAGACAUGGAUGUGGUUAGGACCCUGUUGGACAUGGACAGCUUUUACGUGGGCAGCGAGGCCCCAAGGACGCCAGACGAACAAUUUAAGAACAAAGACCGACGCAAAGGCAAAAGGGUAGCGUCCAAGGCAGGGCCGCGCGGAAUAAAGCCCAACGCGCCGGUGCACCACAUGUUCGCCUCUCGAUACCGCGAAAUGGUCACCUUUUCCAUUACGGCAGAACAACUGGACCAGAUUAUUGAUUUGAGCAUGUACGAGGAAGAAUUUGACGAGGAAGGCGGUCUGCUUCUCGGCCAGAUUGAGGACUCAAAGAAGGUGGAAGAGAAGAAGAGGCUGAGAGAGCAAUAUAACAAAGGUAUUCGACGUAAAGGGGCUACUGGAGGCUCUCGCAUGGCUGCCGAAUGCAUGAUAAAGAAACUUGCGUUUGCUCUUCAAGCGGAGACGCUGGAGUUCUCAUUCCCUUAUGUGCAAAUGCAUCGCUGGUGUUGGCGUCUUCUGCGCGCCGUGAAGGAGGCUUGCGAUCCUCUGCUUAGGCAGAUUUACGGGCCGGAUUACCUUUCCAAUGAAACUGAACUGCCUUUUGUUGUCGGCUACAUCUUCCUGCUAGCCAGCGGCGCUGAUAGGGGUAAGCAGACUAUGCAGCCGCUGGAAGAAGCGACGAGAGCCUUGGAAGGCAUGGUUGAGCCUGCAGGAGAUUUUAUUACCGAGAGGGUAUUGGGCGAGAUACUAAGCAUUCCUAUCAACGUAGUUGAUGAGAGCGAUAAGUAG